AUGGGAGAUCACUUUAAUUCAUCAUCAUCAUCGUCAUCAUCAUCUUCAUCCACUUCAUCUUUGUCUUCCCUUUCCUCCUCCUCCUCGUCUACUCUGUCAUCGAGUGCUACUACUGCUUCCACAUCAACAUUUAUCCCAGAAUGGUUACGUCAAAGAGAUGCUCCACAUCCUGAUAAACAACAAUCAAAUUCUCAACCAUAUGGUUUUAACAACAACAACAACAACAACAACAACAACAACAACAAUACUAAUAAUAUAGAACAACAACAACAACAACAACAUUAUCAUCAUGAUAACAAUCUCAACAAGAGGGGAUAUAGAUUUGGUUCUUCUUCUCCAAAUACCAUUUCAAAUGGUCUAACGACAUCAACAACGACAAACUCAUCUUUACACAAUUCAUCCUUUUCACUAACUGUUGAUAAUAUUAAUAAUAAUAAUAAUAAUAAUACAUCGACAUCCAACAACAACAACAAUAAUAAUAAUAAUAUAAAUUUUCCAAAGUUGAAUAGAUCAAAGUCUUCACCACAUUUCCAAGAUCUUCAACAACCCCAACAACCUCAACAAGGCGAAACAACAAAUAAUAAUAUUAAUAAUAAUAAUUCCCAAAAUGUAAUAACAAAUAACCAGAACAAUAAUAAUAAUAAUAAUAACAAUAGUAACACCACUACUCCUUCACCAUCAUCAUCAUCUUCUUCAUCAUCAAAUUUACCAAAUACUAAUAAUAAUAAUUCCAAUUCCAAUUCCAAUUCAAUAACAUCAUCACAAUCAAAUUCAUUUAAUAGUGGAUAUAAACCACCUUAUCACUCCUCGCUUGUAAAUGAUCGAGGAAUCGUUUCAUCUUCUCCAACACUUCAAUCCAAUCCUGCGCUACGAUCGUUGAUCUCAUCCAACACGGUGAUUGGUCAAAACAACAACUCUAGCUUUUCAAGACACAAGCCAACACUUGUCAGUUACAAGUCACAGCCCAAUCUCAACAAUGCAGAGCAACAACAAAAGAACCCGUCCUCCAAAGAGGGUAGCUCCAGCAGCGCCACCAAUUCUCCACUCUAUUUUUCAACUUCACCCAGUUUUACACUAAACUCUAACAACCACUCACUCAUAUCUUGCCAAUCACCUCUUAUUGGAUCAUCCAACUCGUCCAAUAACAACAACAAUUCUACCAACAACUCUAAUUUUUCCGAAUCAUCAUCCAACUCAUCAAACAACUCUAACAACAACGCAGAACAAUUCCCACCACUUCAAUCAAAAUCACCGGUAUCAUUCAAGUUGGGAGGAAUGGGAAGAUCGACCUCGCCAGUCAUCAACUCUAAUAAUCCAGCAGGCGCCGUUUUUUCAUCACAAGGCAACAAUAUUAAUCCUCACGCGUCACCAGUCACGCUUGCCGCACUCAUCCACAAUACUCCACGCGGUGGAGAUGGUGCCUCCAUAUCAUCAACUGGUGAUCAUCUGUCCCUUGACCACGUAACAACCACCAAACCAACCAUCUCUGAAAAGACAAAGGUUGUAGUUCCAUUACCUCUCAAAACUAAUAAUAGUAGUAGUAGUAGUGCCAUUAAUAGUAGUGGUAUUAGUAGUACCAGUUCUUCAAGUGGUGGAAAUGUUAUUAUAGGUAAUAAUAAUGUUUCCAAUACCUCUGGAACUACUACUAGUGGUACUACAGUCACAAUUGUCAAUCCACAGCUUAUAGGCAGUGCCAUUAGCAAUAUUACCAAUGGCAUGAAAAAGGCAUCACUGAUCAACAACCAUCAAGGUGGGACAAUGCCACCCAUCAACCAACAGGGUCAGGUUGUCAACCUCAAAUCAACCACUUCCCGUUCCUCUGCCAACUCUAAUCCCAAGUUUAUUCGUGCGCUGUCCGAGUCGUCUUUGCCACCCGCUCCCAAAAAGAGUGAAGAUGUCAUCUCUGCAUCGCGCAAACAAAUGACAGACCCAACACGAAAACCACGAAAGAUUGGCAAGAUACUCAAAUCAAACUUUUAUGAACAACUCCAAAAGAAUGAAGAAAUGACCAAACAACUUCAACAACAACAACAACAACAACAACAAGACAAGAUUAAUGUUACUUUGGAUUCUUUAGAAUCUGAAUCACCACAGACUGUUGUUUUAAUUACUCAACAAGAACAAUUAUCGUCGACUACAACUACAAAUUUAUCUACUUUUGAAAAUGGUAGUAAUCAUUCUUCACCUUGUUCAUCUACUUUAUCAUCUCCAACUUUACUUACUUGUACCACUACAACUACAACUACAGCUACAGCUACAUCUACAUCUACAGCUACCUCUAUCAUCUCUAUUGAAAAUCUUGAUGAUAAUAAUAAUACAACAAACAUUGUAAAUAGUCAACAACAACAAUCAUUAGAACAAAAAGAACAAGAACAAUCAUCAACUCUACUACAACUAAAUAUUAUUGGUUGUAGUAUUGAAUCAUCAAUAUCAUCAUCACCAACAUCAUCACCAAUCAAACAAUUGUCAUCAUCGUCAUCCAAACUUGAUAUGAUUGCCGCUGCUUGCAAUGGUAAUAUAAAUGGUGGAAAGAGUCGAUCAAACUCUAGUGCCACAAGUGACGAAGGAGAUGAAGAAUAUGAAGAAAGAUUCCUCAGAAACCUUGGUUGGGUACCACCUGAAGAAGAUUCAAUCUCUGAUACUGAAAUUGAAGAAAUCAGUCUUAAAAUGGAAGAAAUUCAAAAUCAAAGAUGUUAA